UACAUCUUUAUACUCCACGAAUCAUUAAUGGCGUAGCGACUGCGGUAGAACAUUUAGCUAUUUAUUUAAAGUCAUUUAUAUAGCUAGCUGCCAAUAAUUACUAAAUAUAACUUGUGUUAGAUAUGGAUGACAAAAUAUUGGAAGCAUCUUUAUACACAAUCAAAGGGGUUGCUAUUCUGGAUAACGAUGGAGAUCGUAUAAUAUCAAGGUACUAUGAUGACACAUUCCCUACAACAAAAGAACAAAAAGAAUUUGAGAAAAGUUUGUUCCAAAAAACAUCACGACAGAACGCUGAAAUUAUCAUGUUGGAUGGUUUGACAGUUGUAUAUCGAAGUAACGUUGAUCUAUACUUCUAUGUUAUGGGUUCACAGUUUGAAAACGAGUUGAUCUUAGUGAGCGUUUUAAAUGCGUUUUACGACGCAGUAAGUACGAUGCUACGAAAAAACGUUGAAAAAAGAUUUCUGAUGGAUCAUCUUGAUGCUAUUCUUCUAGCUAUUGACGAAUUAGUUGAUGGAGGUGUGAUACUCGAAGCAGAUUCUUCUAAUAUCAUUCAGCGUGUCGCUAUUAAGAACGAUGUGGAUGUACCCUUAACUGAACAAACAGUCGCACAGGUUCUACGCAAAGCAAAGACGGAACUUAAUAAACAAUUCCUUAAAAGCUAAUCACACAUCCUUAUUUGGUGUUGGUAAGAACAUCAUAACUCCAGUUAAACACACAUCAUUUCAUGUCUGUCAUUUCCGUCGUCCCUCAUGUAAUAAACAUUCAUUUCCAAAGUAAUUUAAACUUGAAUGUAGAUCCGUUAAACAAACACAAAAUAAGAAAUUAUUUUCAUUCUUACAGCCAUGAAUUAAUACCUAUUAAUACACAAUAACCUGAUGCGAAGGUCAAAUUGUUUAUUGAAGAGAUUGUAAGAACGUUUUCACCUAACGGAAAUUUCAAAAUUUUAAGCGCUUUUUUGUUGCUUUACUAACACAAAGGGGCCUGUGUCAGCAAUUUCAAAAGAUUAAUAACAUAAAAUUAUGUGCUAGUUUUAUUGUGAAGACACACAUCCUGUUAUUGUCACACUCGUCACUUUUUACGUCGUAUAACUAGUUGUCGUCCGACGCAGGGAGUCUAACUCUUGAUUCAUUUUCCCGUCCAGUUAUUUAUGAUCACACACCAGAUAAACAAACUGUAGCAGCUAGUCGUUAGCCGUAACCUUUACCGUGCAAUUAGCAUUUAACUCUGCU